UAUUGUUUCACCACGUUUCACUAAUAAUGACUCCGAAACAAUUAACAAUUUCCAAGAAACAUUUGCAUUUAUAAUUACGCGGCUUCUCCCGCCGUGAUUCCCCAUUGGCCCCCGCAGUCGGUAAGUCAGUCUCCCUCCAUUUGACAGAGUUUUCAAACCCCGCACCAUGAGCAUCUUCAUCCAAAAACUGAACCCCAUGACGGGGGUCAACGACUGGAUCGUCCAACAGGAAGAUUACGACUACCACCAAGAAGUCGCCCGCUCUUCCUUCGCAGACAUGCUGCACGACACCGAACGGAACAAGAAAUACGAAACGGCCCUAAAAUCCGCAAUCGAAGUGAUGCAUUCACGCGGCAAGAAAGCCAACGUUUUGGACAUUGGGACUGGAACCGGUCUCCUUUCAAUGAUGGCAGUGCGACAUGGGGCUGAUUCCGUGACCGCCUGCGAGGCCUUCAAACCCAUGAGUGAGUGCGCUUUCAAAGUGAUCAAACGAAACGGCUUCGAGAACAAGAUUAAAAUAAUCCCGAAACGAUCGACCGACAUUACAGUGGGCCCAGGGGGCGAUUUAGGGGCCCCAUGUAACAUUCUAGUGACUGAAGUGUUCGACACGGAACUAAUCGGCGAAGGGGCCCUGUCGACGUUCAGUCACGCGCAUAAAGUGCUCCUGGAGAAGGAUUGUAUCGUUGUGCCCCAAUCUGCCACAGUUUAUGCCCAAGUUGUCGAAAGCCCCUUUAUCCAGAGCUGGAACAGGGUGAAAGAUGUGUACGAUAACGAGGGCAAACUCUUGAUUAAAACCCCCUCAAGUGUGCGAAACUGCGCCGGUUCUGCAGCAGUCCACGACUUGCAAUUGAGCCAAAUUAAACCAAACUGUCUCAAAUUCUUAACGCAGCCAAUCCCCGUGUUUCGCUUUGACUGGUCGGGGAAUACCCCGUUUAUUUUCGACCAAUCAACCAUCCACAGCAUCAAGGCGGCGCAAAGCGGGGUGGCGCAGGUGGUGUUCAUGUGGUGGGACUUACAGAUGGACACCGAAGGUAAAAUUGUUCUAAGUUGUGCCCCACAUUGGGGCCCUCCCCAGGAGGCUGUGCCCUGGCGCGACCACUGGAUGCAAGCCAUUUACUACCUUCCGAACGAAGUUGUAGUGAGUAAAGACGCAGAACUGCACCUGGUUAGCUGUCACGACGAGUUUUCGCUUUGGUUUAAUGUUCGAUUGGACUUGAGGCUGAGUGAGGUGGAUUAUGUGAAACCGAUAUGCGAAUGUGGGCUGCAUAUGACGUUCUCGCGCACGAGAAUUGGGCAAAUUAACGAUGCGUCAAGGAAUAAAAAAUAUAUCAGUCUUUUGGAGAAAUGUAUAGAUAGGGAUAGCGUGAUACUUAUUUUAAGCGAUGGGUUUUAUCUAAGUCUUUGUGCGUCGAAAAUGGGGGCGAAGAAAAUUUACUACGUGGAAACGAACUAUUUGUCGCGGAAAAUUUUGAUUGAUUUUGUUGAGUUUAACGAGAUUACGAAUGUUGAAGUUUUUGAAAAUAUUGAAUCUCUGGUGAAUAAUGGGAAUCCGGAAAAAAUCAAUAUGGUGGUAGGGGAACCAUAUUUUUUGAAUAGUAUUUUGCCUUGGGACAAUCUCCUCUUUAUUUAUUUACUGAAAGGAGUAAGGAAUAUACUAACCAAUGACGCUAGACUGUUUCCUAAAAUUGCUGUAAUUAAAGGUAUAGCAGUGAAAUUUUCGGAUUUGAAUAAAAUCCGUUUACCGUUAGGAGAGUGUGAAGGAUUUGUCAUGAAGGACUUUGACGAACUUAUCGAGACAUCAAGUAACAUAAGUGACGAUAACGUGGAAGCACAGCCCCUGUGGGAAUACCCGGGAAUUGCGUUAAGUAAACCAGUGGACAUAAUAACAAUUGAUUCAAACAGUGUUCCGGAAAAAGUUGUGGAACUUUCUGGAGUGUUUGAAAUCGAUUCGAGACACGGAUCGUGCAAUGGUAUAGCUUUGUGGAUUGAAUGGUUGCAUGAAGAAGGUGCUAAAAGUGUUAUAUCUUCUGGGCCAGUUAUACCACCACAAGUUGGCCAACAAAUCGAAUGGGAUGUUCAUACAAGACAGGGCGUUUGCCUGUUUGCCGACAGAGCAACGUCUCACAUCAGUUAUAGAUUUAAAUUCGACUUUAAUGAAGGCAAUAUCACGUUUAAAUGGGAAUAAAGAAAUUAGAAAUAUAGUUA